UUGAAGUUAUAAUUUCAUUUGUUGCAGUAAAACAUGAACUUCAACUACACCAAAGUUAGUACUUUCAUGCUCGUAUUGCAGUUUCCCUUUGUAAAUUUGAUGUAUGAAUGGAUUGACAUUGUGUCAACAUUUGAUAAAAGGAUUAGGCUUAAAAGCAUAACAUUGGAUUUAAUGACCUUCAUAUGAUAAUCAUCUCUACCAAGUUUCAGAUUAGCCUUGCAAUUAAAAUUCAUGUUGUCAAAAUGUUACUACUAUAGAUUAAACCAUGUGAAAAAUUGUAAAUUUGCUCUAUUAGUUGAAAUUUGUUGUUUGUUUUGGUAAUUUUGAAGGGAUUUUGAUUUAAGGUAGGAUUAGCAGAAAAUUAACCUAUGGGAAGUUCUUGAUAGGUGUAAUCCAUGUCAACUUUUGCAUCAUAAUUAACAUAUCCCUCAGACCUUAUACCAUGCCAUGCUCUUUUAUUUCUUUCUUUCUUUUGUAGAAAAAAAAACUUGUUGCCUUUAUUUUCUUCACCAGCCAGGUGUAGCUUCUACUAGUCUUUGAUAAAUUAGAUCACUAAACAGCGAAAGUUUCAUGCAUCUAUUUCAAGGGCUGCAUUUUUAAUUUAAUUUUUUCAGUGAACUUGCUUUAACCUUUAUUUUUUAGUGGUUGUUUUGUUGAAGAAAUUGCAUUUGUUCUUUUUUGAGGAGUCCAUUUUCAAUAUUAACUUCCACUAACUUCUAGUGAGUUGUUCCUUAUGAUCGAUUUUUUUUUUUUCUGAAACAACUAAACAGCAAGUAUAUUGAAAAUGAGAAUUAAAGUUUACAAUGGUGUGCCAGGUGUCCAUGGUAAGAACGCUGAAUCUUUACAAGAAAAACUAAAAGAUCAUGUGUAAUUUAUUCAGUACAUGAGCCCACAAUGCCUCAAAAAUGUAAAAUAUGUCAACUAAAAGUCCUAGCUAGUUGUGAAAAACUGAAGAAGAAUGAGGUAUCUUAGAUUUUUUUUUUUUUCCGUUUGCACUAGAUGCUCAUAGAGUGGUUAAAAAUCUAAUUUUUCCCACAAAAUGCCAAUGUCUCUCCUUUAUUCUCUUUAAAGACCUGGUUUUUCCUCUCAUGCCAAAUCAUCCACAAAAGAGCUAUGACUACACAUUAUCAUGGAGUUUUUUCUUUCCUUACUUUAUCAUAAGUUUCAAUAUUCUCUAUAAGAAAAGAAAAGCAAUCUUUUGGAGUACCCCGCUGAAUUUUUGUUUCAAUGUUAUGUUUAUCCCAACAAAAUGAUGCCACUGAUCAAUGGUAGAAGUGUUGGGAUGUUUCUUCAUCUUCCCGGCACAUAGCACUCCAAGAAUGGGAGAGAUUUGUACUAGCAUAUUUAGCUUGAAUAACAUUUACGUGUUUAGUUUCCAAAAACCAAGUUACAGAUUGAAAUAUGGAGGGUGAAGAGAGGAAGUAAAAUGAGACAUCCUUCUUUUCUUGCUCUUGCUGGUGCUCGGACUCCAGUUCAAGUGUUAGAAGGAAGAUUCACUUAAUCAAACAACAUAUACAGAUAGAGAUGAGCAUUUAUGCGUUGAUACCAAUACAAAGAACAUGCAAAGACUGGUGAAUAGCGAAGUUCUAAGAGAGAAUCUUGAAAGAAUUGGUGGUUCAGAUGAUUCUACCAUUGGUGGCAUGGAUCUUGCAACUCUUAUUAGAAAGAAGUAUGGAAGCUCUUAUGAUUUUCAAUUAAUAAAAAAGUUGGGCUAUGAUCCUUCUGAGGAGUUACUUGGGCUCGGGGUUGAUCUAAAACCAAGGAAUAUAGCUUCUAGUUCACCAGAACCAAGGUCAUGGUUUGGUCCAAAUGGUCAGUAUAUUAGAGAGUUUCCCUGCCCAAGUUGCAGGGGGAGAGGGUACAAUCCUUGUACAGAAUGCGGAAUAGAAAGAUCCCGGUUAGACUGUUCUUUAUGUAAUGGAAAGGGUCUAAUGACCUGCCGUCAGUGCUUGGGGGAUUGCGUAAUAUGGGAAGAGUCAAUUGAUGAGCAACCAUGGGAGAAGGCCCACUCAAUUUCUCCCCUCAAAGUGAAGGAUGAUGACAAAGUGGACAAUUUAGAUAUAAAGGUGUAUGUGAAGAAAAAAUCAAAGCGAGUCUACCAUUCUCCUUCUCCAGAAGUUGGACUGAAGAUAAGCCGAUCACUAAAAAGCCUCAACGCCAAAACUGGGUUACUUAGUAAGAGGAUGAAGAUUAUCCACCGUGAUCCUAAGCUUCAUGCUCAGAGAGUUGCUGCAAUUAAGAAAGCAAAAGGAACUGCAGCAGCAAGGAAACAUGCUUCUGAAGCUUUAAAAGCUUUCUUUAGUGAUCCAGAAAAUCGUCGCAAACGAAGCCUUGCCAUGAAAGGAGUGAGAUUUUACUGCAAAAACUGUGGACGCGAGGGGCACAGGAGAUUCUAUUGUCCGGAACUCAAGGAUAGUGUGACAGAUAGGCGAUUUAGAUGUAGGUUAUGCGGGGAAAAGGGUCAUAACAGAAGAACCUGUCCAAAGACAAGGUCGAGCAAUCAUGAAGGUAUAUUAACAAAUGAUCAGAGAUGCAAGAUAUGUCAUCAAAGAGGCCAUAACUGUAGGACAUGCCCUCAAGUGAGUAGGGUAAAGUUACAUGAUGGUAAUGGCACCAAAGAACAAGAACAUAUUUUGCCUUCCAGAAGCAGGACAUGCACUUGCCGGCUAUGCCGAGACAAAGGACACAAUAUAAGAACAUGUCCUAUUAGAAACAUGGAGCCACUGAAGUUGAAACCUCAAAUUGAAGAAUGAACUAGGAAACAUUGUUGGCCGCAGUGAUUCCCAUUCUUUUAAUAUCUCAAUUUCUCUCUGUAUAUAACGUGUCUGUGAUCAGGUUCAGCAUGUGUAAAAAUUUCUUUAUAAUCAGAGCCAGUUUUAGAAUGUGCCAUUAAUGGAAUAUCAUUGUACAUUCUCCUUUCAAUAACAUUAUGUACACAUAUUUUAAGUAUACAAUUAGAUAUACAGAUGUUGUGUAGUA